AUGUCUCGAGAGCACGGUGGCAAGGUUGAUCCAAGUGAUGGAGGAGGGGCUGAUCAAACUACAAUCAUGCGGGCUAUGCAGCAACAAUUUGAGCGCAUGAAUGUCGUGUUCAAUGAGAUUCAAGAUCGGUUGGAUAGGCAUGAGGAUCGGCUCGAACAACUUCAGCAAGAGCCAUUACCUAGGCAUCGGAGACCUGACCAGCGGCUACAUUUUGCUCCAAAUGUCCCAGAUGAUGACUAUGAUGAUGGGGCGAGCAAUGAAGUGGUCUCCAAUGCUACUUGGAGGAGGUCUAGGGCUAUCAGACCCGAAAGGCCAAGGCAUGUUCAAAGGCAACACCGAGAAAGGGAAGCCGUAGAUCGUAACAUGGGCACCAUCAAGCUGUCCAUUCCUCCAUUUCAAGUUGAGCUGAUAUUCGAUUGUCAUAAUUACUCGGAGGAGAAGAAAGUGAAGCUUGCUGCGGUGGCUUUUACCGACUAUGCCAUUAUAUGGUGGGAUCAGCUGACCCUGAGUAGACGUCGAAACCGUGAGCUUCCCAUCGACAAUUGGGAGGAUAUGAAAGCCAUUAUGAGAAGAAGGUUUGUUCCAUCUCACUAUUAUCAGGACUUACAUUUGAAAUUGCAAAGUCUGAAGCAGGGGUCCAUGACUGUGGAAGACUACUACAAGGAGAUGGAGAUAGCCUUGAUUCGGGCUAACAUUGAGGAGGACCGAGAGGCGACCAUGGCUCGGUUCAUUUGUGGCCUGAACCAUGAGAUUGCCAAUAUUGUUGAGCUGCAUCACUACAUGGAGCUUGACGAUGUGGUACACAUGGCAAUGAAAGUUGAAAGACAACUCAAGAAAGGAGUGCGAUCAUCUUCCAAGUAUGAGGCUGCGAGUUCAUCCCCUUGGAAGCAGAAGUGGGGAUCAUCAAAACCAAUUGAGAAAGCAGUUUCAAAAUCAAAGGGAGAGACGAAUGUGGCCAAGGCACAACCUAGCAACAAAGAUAGGGGUAACUCAUCUUCCCAACCUCAAAGAAAUCGUGACAUCAAAUGUUUUCGUUGUUUAGGAUCAAGUCAUAUUGCUUCUCAAUUCCUAAACAAGCGAUCAAUGAUCAUAUUGGAUAAUGGGGAGAUCGAAACUGAAGAGGAAGAUGAAGGAAAUGAGUCCACUCCAUCAGUUGAAGAUACUAGUGAUAUUGAGCUUGCUGUUGAUGGCCAAGCUCUUGUUGUGCUAAGAGCUCUCCAUAUGCAAGCCAAAGAAGAUGAUGACGGGCUGCAAAGGGAGAACAUCUUCUACACCCGCUGCCAUGUGAAAGAUCGGGUAUGCAGUUUGAUUAUUGAUGGUGGCAGCUGUGUUAAUGUGGCAAGCAAGUUAAUGGUGGACAAGCUUAGUCUACCUACCUUGAAGCAUCCAAAGCCAUAUAAACUCCAAUGUCUCAAUGACAGUGGAGAAAUGAAGGUAACCAAGCAGGUCCUUAUUUCAUUUACGAUUGGAAGGUACACGGAUGAGGUUCUGUGUGAUGUUGUACUCAUGCAAGCUAGCCAUUUGCUUCUUGGAAGACCGUGGAAAUUUGACAGACGGACCACACAUGAUGGGUAUAAGAACCGCUACAGCUUCAACAAGGAUGGUAGGAACAUUACACUUGCACCUUUGACACCUCGUCAAGAUUUUAAGGAUGUCUUUUCCGAGGAUAUGCCACCUGGGUUACCACCCAAAAGAGGAAUCGAGCAUCAAAUUGAUCUGAUUCUGGGAGCUUCCAUUCCAAACCGACCAGCUUAUCGAAGUAGUCCAGAAGAGACCAAAGAGCUUCAAAGGCAAGUCGAAGAACUUAUGACCAAAGGACAUGUUCGUGAAAGCAUGAGUCCCUAUCCUGUGCCUGUGCUGCUGGUUCCAAAGAAAGACGGGACUUGGAGGAUGUGCGUGGAUUGUCGAGCUGUAAGCAAGAUAACGGUAAAGUAUCGUCACCCUAUUCCUCGCUUAGAUGACAUGCUUGAUGAAUUACAUGGAUCCACUAUAUUUUCUAAGAUUGAUUUGAAGAGUGGGUAUCAUCAAAUUCGAAUUAAGGAAGGAGAUGAGUGGAAAACAGCUUUUAAGACAAAAUAG